UUCUUAACUUCCCAAAUCCACUUGUAUCAUUUAUAAAGAGAGAGGAAGUGAAAUUUUCGUGAGAGACAACAAAACAAAAACCAUUCAAUUCAAAGAUAGUAGGCUGCCAGGCACCGCACACCGCCACCGCACUUUCUCCGAUCCUCACAAUUUUGCCUCCGGCAUGUCUCCGGCCGCCGGAGUCAGCGUCCCCCUCCUGGGGGAUUCCAAAGGAACGCCGCCGCCGGCUUCCGUCCCCGGCGCGGUGUUCAACGUGGCCACCAGCAUAGUCGGCGCCGGAAUCAUGUCGAUUCCGGCGAUCAUGAAGGUUCUCGGCGUAGUUCCCGCUUUCGCGAUGAUUCUCGUGGUGGCCGUGCUGGCGGAACUGUCCGUGGACUUCCUGAUGCGGUUCACGCACUCCGGCGAAACGACGACGUACGCUGGCGUCAUGAGGGAGGCGUUCGGAUCGGGUGGAGCAUUAGCCGCGCAAGUUUGCGUCAUCAUCACCAACGUUGGGGGUUUAAUUCUCUACCUUAUCAUCAUCGGAGAUGUGCUAUCUGGAAAGCAAAAUGGAGGGGAAGUGCAUUUGGGCAUUUUGCAACAGUGGUUUGGAAUUCACUGGUGGAAUUCCCGGGAAUUUGCUUUGCUUUUCACCUUGGUCUUUGUUAUGCUUCCAUUGGUAUUGUACAAACGUGUAGAGUCCUUGAAGUACAGCUCUGCAGUGUCAACUCUUCUUGCAGUGGCAUUUGUUGGCAUAUGUUGUGGGUUGGCUAUCACAGCUCUGGUGCAAGGAAAAACACAAACUCCUAGAUUGUUUCCUCGGCUAGACUACCAAACCUCAUUCUUUGAUCUGUUCACUGCAGUUCCUGUUGUUGUCACAGCCUUCACAUUUCACUUUAAUGUGCACCCCAUUGGGUUUGAGCUUGCCAAGGCAUCCCAAAUGACAACAGCAGUUCGAUUAGCAUUAUUGCUUUGUGCUGUGAUCUACCUUGCAAUAGGCUUAUUUGGGUACAUGUUAUUUGGGGAUUCAACCCAGUCAGACAUUCUCAUCAAUUUUGACCAGAAUGCUGGUUCAGCAGUUGGUUCCUUGCUCAAUAGUUUGGUCCGUGUAAGCUAUGCCCUCCACAUCAUGCUGGUGUUUCCUCUCUUGAACUUCUCUUUGAGAACCAACAUAGAUGAAGUUCUCUUCCCUAAGAAGCCUAUGCUAGCCACAGACAACAAAAGAUUUAUGAUCCUCACUCUGGUGCUGCUUGUAUUCUCCUACCUUGCAGCUAUAGCAAUCCCAGAUAUUUGGUACUUCUUUCAGUUCCUGGGAUCCUCAUCCGCAGUGUGCCUUGCCUUCAUUUUCCCCGGCUCUAUUGUUUUAAGGGAUGUUAAAGGUAUAUCAACGAGAAGAGACAAAAUUAUUGCACUGAUAAUGAUUAUACUAGCUGUGGUUACAAGUGUGCUUGCCAUUUCCACCAACAUAUAUAAUGCUUUUAGUAGCAAGUCAUAAAUACAAGCUGGUUCUCUCAUUUCUCCCCUUCUAUUGUUUUUUUUAUAUGUAUAGAAAAUUUUAUUUGGGGAGAGAGGGUAUGGCUGGGGAGAUUCUAGAGGCAUUUGGUUGCUGUGGCGAUUGUGUUACUUUUGUAUUUUGGAUCCCUUGUUGUUUAUUGUAGAAUUCAUGUCUUGUGGCAGCAUUUCUAUGUAAAAUACCAAAUAUUAAAGAAAUGAAAUCAACUUGAUGGGGUGACGAAGUUGGGGCCA